AGAGAUACACGUGGCCACACACAGCUGUCGUCUGAAACACUAUUUGCGAUUGCAAUAAAAUAUGCAACUGCAAAUGCGGCUGAUAAAAGCGACUGUCUCAUUAGCAGAAUUUGUGACAUGAACUUGAUAGUUCUGCGUCUCUAGCAGUGAAUGGAAGAUCAACGGCCAUUAAUCAACCUAUCACACACGUGGAGGCUAGAUGGUUGGACUGUAUAUAACUGUUCCCCUCUCAGACCUGUGUCAUUCCCACCUUCUACCAGCCCGCUGCCUUCAACAGCCUGCUGCUCUCAACCGUCACCUCACCUUCACUAAACUUCAACAUGAGGUACAAAUUCGUGCUGCUGGGUCUUUUGGCCUUCGUAUGUGCCACUUCAGGCUACGUUCUGAAGGACCAUUACGACGCACUUGGCGACACCGACGACCGUCCAGAACGGGUCGUCUUUGAAGACGACGAUGGGGACAGGGCCGAACAGAGCGAUGUUGCUGACAUUGAAUUAAGGAGAAACAGCCGCCAGAAGCACGGACGCGGCCACGGUCACCACGGUCACCAGGGCCACAACGGUCACCACGGACAUGGCCGCCACAGCCACGAACAUCAUCAUAGACGCACAACGAGGAGGAGGAGAACUACAACCACCACGCCAACCACUACUAGCACAACUACCACCACCACGACUACCACUACCCCAACUACCGUCACCACUACGCCAACUACCGUCACCACUACCCCAACUACCGUCACUACUACCCCAACUACCGUCACCACUACCCCAACUACCGUCACCACUACCCCAACUACCGUCACCACUACCCCAACUACCGUCACCACUACCCCAACUACCGUCACCACUACCCCAACUACCGUCACCACUACCCCAACUACCGUCACCACUACCCCAACCACCAUCACCACUGGCUCGGGGUAGUGCCACAGAGAAAUUAACAACAAAAAUUCCGUGUCAGUGUAGCUAACAAAUGGAAUGCACUAGGCAGUGAUGUGGUGGAGGCUGAUUCCAUACACAGUUUCAAAUGUAGAUAUGAUAGAGCCCAGUAGGCUCAGGAAUCUGUA